UUACGUCAGAACACAGUGAGAAAGUUCGUGGAACUAAAGAGCGAUACAGUGACUGUAAUUCCAUUUCGGCGGCUCUCUUUCCCCGAUUUUCCUCCGUAGAUUCCUUUCAAAAACACUUCCUACUUUUAUUGUGCUCGCGAUCUCGAUCACACACCACGAUUGCCAGUCUGUGAUUCGAUUUCCAUUCGUUCGAUUCGACCACUUUCUUCAAAGUCUUCGCUUCAAAAGUUCAGGAACGACCUCUGAAUUGCAAAAUUCUGGGUUCAGUUCAUGGCGGAGUUGUUCUGAGAUCGGAGUGAAAUUGAGAGAGGAAAAAGAGCGAGCGAGUUCAGUUCAUGGCGGAGCCUCGGCGGUACAGUCUCGGCACUCAACAAUUAGAUAUUGAGCAAAUACUAUUGGAGGCCCAACAUCGAUGGCUACGUCCUUUUGCUGAAAUUUGUGAAAUUCUUCAAAAUUACAAAAAAUUUCGUAUUGCUCCAGAGCCUGCAAAUAAGCCUCCAAGUGGUUCACUUUUUCUUUUUGAUCGAAAGGUGUUGAGAUAUUUCAGAAAAGAUGGCCAUAACUGGAGGAAGAAGAAAGAUGGAAAGACAGUGAAGGAAGCUCAUGAGAGGCUCAAGGCUGGGAGUGUUGAUGUGUUGCAUUGCUACUAUGCCCAUGGAGAAGAAAAUGAAAAUUUCCAGAGGCGAAGCUAUUGGUUGCUUGAAGAGGAGCGCUCGAACAUUGUUCUCGUCCACUACCGCGAAGUAAAGGGAAAUAGGGCAAACUUUAGCCGCAUUAAAGAGGCUGAAGAAACUAUUCACAAUUCCCAAGAAAGUGAAGAAAUUGUACCCAAUUCUGAGGUGGAUAGUUCUGUAUCCUCAACAUUUAACCCAUACAACUACCAAGUAACUUCACAUGCUACAGAUACCGCAAGCUUGAACAGCGCUCAGGCAUCAGAAUAUGAAGAUGCUGAGUCAGGAUAUAAUCACCAAGCAAGCUCAGGAUUCCACUCUUUUCUUGAGUUACAACCACGUGUUGUGGAGAAAAUGGAGGAUGGACUCUCCGUGCCUUAUUAUCCAGUGCCUUUCUCAAAUGAUUACGAAGGAAAGUUGUCUGCUAUUCCUGGGAUGGAUUUUGUUCCACUUGUUCAGGGAGAUAAGGGUAAAAACAGUGUUAAUGCUGAUUUAACAUUUGAGCCUCAGAAACAGCUGGACUUCUCAUCAUGGAAGGACGUAGUGGGAAACAGUGGCACUGGAAUUCAAUCUGAUACCAUGAGUUUUAAUCCUGGACAAGGAAAUGAGCUACUGGAGCAAAUUUUGACCAAUGACUUUGGUAAAAGUGAAGAUGCUGGGAUUUAUCCACCUCGCCAAGACAAAUGGCAGACUUCUGAAGGUGAUUCUUCACACAUAUCCAAGUGGUCCAUGGAUCAGAAGUUUUAUCCGGAGUCAGAGUAUUAUCCCACCACUGAGCUUUACAGAGGAGUCAACGCUGUGGAUUUACUCAACUCUGCAGGGCCCUUCCAUGCACAUUCUGCUGAACAAAAUGAGCAUCAUACACAAAGUGACCUUCAGAUACAAAGCAGAAGUGCUCUGAAACCAGCAUCAGAGAACAAUCCGAUAAUAGAGGGAAAAGCUGAAUCUUAUCCUUUGAAACAACCCCUAUUAGAUAGCUUUCUUAGAGAAGGUCUGAAGAAGCUUGAUAGCUUUGACAGAUGGAUGAGUAAGGAAUUGGGAGAUGUAAAUGAAUCACAUACGCAGUCCAACUCUGGGACCUACUGGGAGACUGUUGAAACUGAGGAUGGAGUAGAUGAUUCCAGCAUUGCUCCCCAAGCGCACUUAGAAACCUAUAUGCUGGGUCCCUCGCUGUCUCAGGACCAGCUCUUUAGCAUUAUUGAUUUCUCACCAAACUGGGCAUAUGCAGGCUCUGAGAUAAAGGUCUUGAUUACGGGAAAAUUCUUGAUGAAUCAACAAGAUGUGGAUAAGUGUAAGUGGUCAUGUAUGUUUGGAGAAGUAGAAGUUCCUGCCGAGGCUAUAGCAGAUGGUGUACUUCGUUGCCAUACUCCGUUACACAAGGAUGGCAGGGUUCCCUUUUAUGUAACAUGUUCCAAUAGGUUGGCAUGUAGUGAAGUGCGAGAAUUUGAGUACAGAAUUGAGAACCUUCAAGAUGUGGAUAUUCCAGAUAUCUAUAGUGGCAGCACCAAUGAAAUUCUACUUCGUAUGAGAUUUGGGAAAAUGUUGUCUCUGGAAUCUGGCAGUCCCCCAAGUUCUGUUUCCAGUACCCUAGGUGAGAAUUCCCACCUGAGCAAUAAAAUCAGUUCACUACUAAGAGAGGACAACAAUGAGUGGGAGCAAAUGUUAAUGCUUACUUCAGAAGAUGAAUUCUCCCCAGAAGAAGUGAAGGAGCAGCUUCUUCAAAAGCUACUGAAAGAAAAGCUGCACUUAUGGCUCCUUCAAAAGGUUGCUGAAGGUGGAAAAGGCCCAAGUGUAUUGGAUGAGGGUGGCCAAGGUGUGUUGCAUUUCGCAGCAGCACUUGGUUAUGAUUGGGCUAUACCACCCACACUAGCUGCAGGUGUAAGUGUCAACUUCCGUGAUGUUAACGGGUGGACAGCACUCCAUUGGGCAGCAUAUUGUGGCAGAGAGCGGACAGUGGUUGUCCUCCUCUCCCUAGAUGCAGCUCCUGGAGCAUUGACAGAUCCUUCUCCCAUAUAUCCUGGUGGUCAAACACCUGCAGAUCUAGCUUCCAGCAAAGGUCACAAAGGGAUUGCUGGUUAUCUUGCAGAAUCUGCCUUGAGCUCUCACCUGCAAUCACUUCAGUUGAAGGAUACUAAGGACGGUGAUGAAGGAAAAAUUCCUGGGGUAAAAGAUGUACAAACAGUUUCAAAGCAGGCUGCUACUCCAAUCGACGAUGGGGACUUUCCACAUGGACUGUCUCUGAAGGAUUCAUUAGCUGCUGUCUAUAAUGCUACUCAAGCUGCUGCUCGCAUUCAUCAAGUCUACAGGGUGCAGUCAUUCCAAAGAAAGCAGCUCAAAGAGUAUGGUAAUGAUAAAUUUGGAAUGUCAGAUGAGCGUGCCCUUUCACUUGUUGUUGUCAAGAGUAGGCUGGGACGGCAUAAUGAGCCAGUACAUGCUGCUGCAAUACGAAUACAAAAUAAAUUCCGUAGUUGGAAGGGCAGAAGAGAGUUUUUAACAAUCCGGCAGCAAAUUGUGAAAAUUCAGGCCCAUGUGAGAGGACACCAGGUGAGGAAGAAUUAUAGGAGCAUAAUCUGGUCCGUUGGAAUAUUAGAGAAGGUAAUUUUGCGGUGGAGACGGAAAGGGAGUGGCUUGCGUGGAUUCAGACAAGAAGCACUUACUCAGGGCUCUAGCAAGCAAGAUACACCCUCCAAUGAGGAUGAUUAUGAUUUCCUGAAAGAAGGCCGAAAGCAAACAGAAGAACGGUUUGAAAAGGCCCUUGCUAGGGUGAAGUCCAUGGUUCAGUAUCCGGAAGCAAGAGAUCAAUACCGUAGGUUGCUGAAUGUUGUCACGGAGAUGCAGGAAACUAAGGCUGUGUAUGAUAAGGUUCUAAACAGUACAGAAGAUACGGCUGAUUUUGAUGAUGAUCUGAUUGAUUUUCAAGCACUGUUGGAUGACGAUUCCUUCAUGUCCACAGAAUAUUGACCCCGAUCUCUGUUUCUAUACCUUCUGUAAAAUUUGGUUUGCCAUCUGCCUUUAUUUGAUUCGUAGAAUUGUAACAAUAGGUUGCACUGAUAUUCAUUUGUAAAUGUUAUAUAUGCCCGAACCAUUGACCACCCUUGUCCAGACUGGGUUAGGAGUUGUAGCAGACACAAACAAGCAGGCUGUGCUAGUGUGAGUUUGUGCCCAUAAAUUAAUCCGUGCAUUUGUGAGAAUAUGUAUGUAGUUGUGCACUGUAUGAUAGGUAUUCACAAUGCAAGUUGACAGUUGAUGAAAACAUAGGUUUGAUUGUGUUAAUGAGAUUUGGUAGUUUAUUUUUUCUUCGUCAUAGACGAUGAGAGCCAUGUUUAUAUG